AUGAAUUAUGAUUGGACAAACGAUCUAGCAUACAAGGAGUACACUAAAAAUUAUAAGCCAACAAAUUAGGCUGAUGAGAAAGACUAGUUGGAAAUGAUCAAGAGAAAUUAUUAUCAGCUAAACAUUGAUAAAGACUUUGAAAGUGCAUUUGAAUUUGAGGAUGAGUCUAAACGCAGAGCAUACUUCACAUACUGUUAGUUCUUUGGUAACUUAGGGGCAUUAGCUGAAUUUAAUGACCAUAGCAAGCAGGGAUUGCCUUUUAAAAUUAAGAUGUGGAUGUAUCUGCUGUUUUUACUUGCACUACCAUUGUCUAAUUUAACUUAUUUCCUACCAAUCAUGCAAAUCAUAGCAAUUUGCAUGUCAGUCUCAUCAAGGCAUGAUGGAAUGUCUGCUCUCUUGACUAAAUGGGCUAAAUUAUUCAUGGAGGAGGAAGCUAUGAAUCUUGCAUUUUUAUUCAUGAUGCUAUUUUGUGGUUAAUUAAUCAGGUAUCUAUUCUACCUCUGUUUGGCAAUAUACUCUUUUGUAGAAGUUUGCUAAUGGGGUAAGCAAAUACUAAGGUAAAAUUAAAAUGCUACUGGUGUUGUGUUGCUCAAAAGUUUCAUUGAAUAUGGAGAUAUAUACAGAGUUGAACUAGUUUAAUUAAAAAAUCACAUUGAGGUAUUUAUAGGUUUCGGAUCAAUCAUAUUUAUGUUUACUGGCAAAGUAGCUCCAAUUUUCCCUGUCCUAUAUUGGUAGUAUCUUAGAUUGAAGUAUGUUGUCAAUUAUUUCACAAGACAUAGCUUUACCUAGUUUGAUGAGAAAAUUUUGCAUAGAGCUUUUCCUGGACCACUUUACCCUACAAUAGUUGGAAACUUUAAAAGACUUGUCCAAUACUUGAUAAACUACAGAUAAGAGCAAGCAGUUGAGGAAAAAGAAGAUGAUGACUAAAAUAAAAAUUGGGAAGGGGUAACCUGUCUUUAGCAGAAGUGGAAUUGCUACUGUCUUUCAAUAUAAAGUCUUUCAAAAUCCAACCUACAUAAGUCCUCAGCCAGAAGAGUAGCAAACUAAAAGAAAAUCUAAAAAUAUGAAUACUAAAAAGAACUGAUAAAGAUCAAUGAACAGAUAGAUUAUGAGAAAUAGCAAGAAAUAAUUCAGCAAAUAAGAUAAAAGCCUAAGAGCAGCUAUUUUAAAUCUGUCGACAGAGAUUUUUAUUUUCAAGUAAAAUCCAUUAUUAUUCAUCAAUAAAAAUAGCAAGAGAUGAAAUAAAAAGAUCACAUUAAGUAAUCUGGGCAUUAUAAACCUGACUAUAAGAUACUUGAGAGAAAGGUAGGAAAUCAAGUGCAGUAUGAUGUUCCUGAUAUCAAAGAGGCUAUUAUAGAAAAAUUGUAACUAAAGAAACGAUCUAGAGAUAUAAAGUGCUGUAAUAGAAUUCUUAGGACUCUUGAAAACUAAGAAAAGAUUAAAACUUAAGGAUUAAUCAGAGGUAGGAAUCAAUCUAAGACAAUGAACUAAAAUAGCCCUACUAUGAUGAGUCCUUAAAUAUCCUAGGCGAUUAUUUAGUAGCCUACUGCUUCUAUCUAGCAUGUGCCUCAUAUAAGUACUACUUAGCCAUAUACUGAAGGCCUGAAUAAUACAGCAACUAACCUAUAAGGUUCGCUUCUUUAAAGUCCAAAUUAAGUUCCUUAGUUGUAGCAUUAAUCGAACUCUCAAAGAAAAACUAAAGUUCUAUACUUUCGCAGAAAUAAGAAUUUUUCUUACUCAAACAUUUACAUUUCCCCAGAUUAUCAUAUGGUCCUCGAGAAAGAUGAUGGCAUUAAACCUAGAAUUUCCAUUUAAAAUUCAAAUCUACCAAUGAGUCCAUCAGCCUCCUCCAGAGUCAACAUUAAAAAUAGAUUUAGUGUAGAUGAAACCAAUAAAGAUUUGAGUAGGGUUUAUAACAGAUAUCAGGAAAUCGAUGAUUAGUUGCUUAACAACUAGAGUCAAUUGUUUAACAAAAGUACUCAAAAUUAACUUAAUCAAAGUCAAUUAAACUAGAUGAGAACUUCCUAGUAUGUAGGUUCUGAAUAACUUAUGAACUAAGUAAACUCAAAAUACGAAAGACUUAGAGACUUUGUAAAGAUGGACAAAAUGCUCUCAAGAGAAUAGCAUAAGCCAAUGUUGAAACAAGAUCCUAAUCCUCAAUCUUAGAAUAUUAGUUCAAAUUUAAAAGGUGCAUUAGAAAUUUACGGAUACACUGCUGAAAGUCCACAACCUAUGCUAGAACCCGCUGAAGUGAAAGAGAGAUUGUUUAACUAGAGAAAAGAUAUCGGUAUUAUGGGGUUUGAAAAGAUUUCAGCAAGAGGUAUGAGAAAUUCAAUCUAUUCCUUAGAUACAAAGAUUCCUAUUGGGCCUAAAACAAUUGAGUAUGAUAACAUUGAAAAGUCUUAUAAAAGGCUCAGCAAUUUUAGGAAUCCUGAAAGAGGUACGAUGCAAUUUUCAUAUGAAAAGCCUGUGGAUUUAGAAGAUUUAAAUAAUAGCUAGGAACUCUACUAGUAAAUUAUAAAGCAUAAAAAGGAUAUUGGAUAUUUAAAGAAACUUUUUAUAAAGAAGGGAGUUCUCUCUUCAAGAGAGGAAUUGGCCUGA